GAAUGAAUGAAUAAAAUCAUUUUAUUCUUUCAGAUAAAAUUUUCACAAGAUUUAUUUGACAGCUAGACUAGAUGGCCACAUCUUCUUGAACUAGGCCAGGAUUUGAUGAAUGUCAUUUUAAGAAUGGGUUGUUUCUGUGGUAAAGAAGCUAUCCAUGUAAAUAACAGAAGCUUUUACACAAAAUCUAGGCUAGGAGAGGGGGGCUUCAGUUACGUAGAUUUAGUAGAGGAUGUCAACAGUCAUAAAUUAUAUGCUUUAAAGAAAAUAACCUGUCACAGUAAAGAUGAUGAACGAAUAGCAUUAGAAGAGGUGGAGGUAAUGAAACUAUUUAAGCAUGAUAACAUCGUUCCAUUAGAAGAAGCUGCUGUAGUCCCUAUCAAUGUUUAUACAAAAAUGAGAGAUGUAGUUAGUGAAGUUCUGAUCAUCAUGCCAUUUUAUAGAAGAGGUUCAAUUGAAGAUCAAAUGGAAAGAUUAAAAAAAAAAAAUGAACAUAUGUCAGAAAUUGAUUUAUGGAAAAUGUUCCUUCAGAUAUGCGAAGGUCUGAAAGCAAUGCACCAUCACAAUCCCCCUUAUGCCCACAGAGAUGUGAAACCAGCUAAUGUUAUGAUUGGAGAUGAUUCUACACCAAUAUUGAUGGAUUUAGGAUCAGCAGCCAAAGCUAGAGUAGAGAUUAAAACCUCAGCUCAAGGUCGAGCGUUGCAAGACCAAGCAGCUGAAAGAUGUUCAAUGUUAUAUAGAGCUCCAGAAUUAUUCAAUGUAGAAACUCAUUCGACAAUAGACGAACGUACAGAUAUAUGGUCAUUAGGCUGUGUGUUAUAUGCCAUGGCAUAUUUAGAAUCACCAUUUGAAAGUGUAUAUCAGAGAGGUGAUAGUAUAGCAUUAGCUGUGAUGGGGAGGAAUCUAAAAUUUAAAGAUAUAGGUUACAGUCAUAAUGUAGAAGAGACAGUGUGUUUCUUAAUGGCUAUAAAUCCUAUGGAAAGACCGUUUAUAGAUAAUGCGAUAGAUAAAGUGACCGACAUUAUAAACUCUAUGGAAAAUAGAGUCUGA